UUGUCCAUAUUCAUGUCAGAAAUGCAGGGAUUCUCAUUUAGUGUGCCAACCUGCUCCCACUUUGAACUCUACUUUUUGGAUCCAUGCACCUACUUAUUUUUCUAAACAUCUAGAGCGCAACAAUACCCUCACCUCCAGAAAUGCAGGGAUGAACAGCGGUUACAAUUGACUCAGUGUUGGUUACACAUUUGCAACAAGAGGCUGUACAUUGACUAAAAGCUAAGGAUAAGAAUUAAUGCAUGCAUGUCAAGUGACAACAGAGAGGGAAGCAGAGACACAUCUGCCCAUUCACACCACACACUAAAUUAAGGACAGCUCCUGGUUGCCAUUGAGUGUUACUGGACAUACUACAAUACAUUUCAACUAGAAAGAUGCAAUGGUUAAAGAAGAAAUGGAACUUCAGAGAUCUGUUGAUGAAAAAUCGUCUUCUUAUUGCCACAGUUGUGUCUGUGCUGCUUGGAAUUGGACUGGGUGUGAUUGUCCGGGAUCAUGGUGCCUUGUCGUCAUUGGAUACGUUUUAUUUUGGCUUCCCUGGGGAGAUCCUGAUGCGGAUGUUGAAGCUGAUCAUCCUGCCUCUCAUCGUCUCCAGCAUCAUCACAGGUGUGGCUUCACUAAAGUCAGAAGUUUCUGGCUUAAUUGGAUUGCGAGCCAUUGGUUACUAUUUCCUCACUACCAUACUUGCUACUAUCCUCGGAAUCAUUUUGGUGAUUACAAUUAAGCCGGGAGGAUCAGUGAGCACUGAGGACAUUGACAGAUUUGGGACUUCACAGAAUGUAUCAAUGGUUGAUGCCAUGUUGGAUCUCAUCAGGAAUAUGUUCCCUGAAAACUUGGUACAGGCCUGCUUUCAACAAUACAAGACUAAACGUGAAGAAAUUGUUUUAGGGGGGUCAAAUGCAACCUCUCCCUCUUCUGUGUCUCACAGAAAUUCUCUUCAAGGGGACAGCUCAAUAGACUACCGUGUUGUGGGAUCCUACUCAGAUGGUAUCAACAUCCUGGGCCUAAUUGUCUUCUGCUUUGUGUUCGGUUCCGUCAUUGGAAAUAUGGGUGAGCGAGGGCGCACCCUGGUGGACUUUUUUGAAGCCUUAAAUGAGGCGACCAUGAGAGUGGUGCAAAUCAUUAUGUGUUAUAUGCCUAUUGGAAUACUGUUUCUGAUUGCUGCUAAAAUAAUAGCUGUCGAUGACUGGAGCAUUUUCACAAAGCUUGGUCUCUACAUGGCAACAGUGCUUAGUGGACUAGCCAUUCAUGGCCUGCUGGUCCUGCCUGUGCUCUAUGCGGUCGUGGUGAGGAAGAACCCAUAUGCAUUUGCCUGGGGAAUGACUCAGGCUAUACUCACUUCACUCAUGAUCUCUUCCAGUUCAGCCACACUACCUGUGACAUUGAAGUGUGUAGAGGAGAACAACGGCGUGGACAAGAGGAUCACUCGAUUCAUGCUGCCAGUUGGUGCCACAAUUAACAUGGAUGGCACAGCCCUGUAUGAAGCCAUAGCAGCCAUCUUUAUCGCUCAGCUCAAUAAUUACCCACUGACCAUUGGACAGAUCAUAACUAUCAGUAUCACAUCAACAGCUGCUAGUAUUGGAGCUGCAGGCAUUCCUAGUGCUGGUCUAGUUACCAUGAUGAUUGUCUUGACGGCUGUUGGCCUACCUGCCAAUGACCUGCCUCUGAUCCUGUCAGUGGAUUGGCUCCUGGAUCGUUUUCGGACUGUGAUCAAUGUUCUGGGAGAUGCCUAUGGAGCUGGGAUUGUGGAGAAGCUUUCAGAGUCUGAGCUGGACCAAACGUCUUCUCCGAUGCCAGAUUACGCUGAGCACGGCUAGGCAGCUACAGAAGUGCCCACAGUGAAGCUAAAGUAUAUUGGGACAUCACAAUGAAGGUUUCACACAGUAAAAUGCACUGCAGCCACCAAGAAAAGAUGUGGUAGACGUGGAGAAGAUCCACCUUUUCAUGUAUGAAUAGUGCAAUUUUCCCAGUCAUAAUGAAAACUUGGAAUUGAGGGUGGUGGUAAGUAUUCAUGAAAAAGGGUAACAUUUGUGAUUGGGCAGCAUGAAUUCUGAACAUAAAACUACAAAAUAUAUUUCAUAUUGUACCUUUUAUGGUUAUGGAUAAAAAUAAAGACACAAAUGUAAGCGU